AUGAUAUCACAAUAUGUGAAUCAGGAUCAUCGGACAUGGGACCAACUACUGCCCGGGUUCUCCUUCGCCAAAAACACCAGCAUCUCAGAUAGCUCGGGGUUUAGUCCGGCUUAUCUAGUACAAGGUCGGGAGCCUAGGUUGCCAGGUGCCCUCUUCGAUGCGGUCGCACCCGACUUACAUGCCUCGCCAUUGGACCCAACGAAACGAGCCAAAAGGCUUCAGGAAGCAUUCCGCACCGCCCUGGAAACCAAUCAGAUAUCUUUUCAGGAACAAAGUCGACACCACGACCUGAGGCGACGUGAGUGGCGACCCCAAUUAGGUUCACAGGUGCUAGUCCGUCUUCACCAUCUGUCCAAGGCCAGCGAGGGCUUUAACGCAAAACUUGCACCGAAGUACGCGGGUCCAUUUAAGGUGGUAAAAUUUCUAUCAUCAAAUGUCGUGAGGCUACAGCAGGUAGACGGCCGGAAGAGGCGUACAGCUGGCAUAGGCGAUCUGAACGAAUAUCAUCCACGCGAAGAACAACACGACGACUCUACAGAAGACCCCAGGAGGAGCGACUCUCAACCCAGCUACGAAGCUAGCAACAAGAUACCUUUAAGCGGGAAAAUUGUAUCGAAUAGGCUAGUUAAAAAUAGUUUGAUCUUCGCGCUCAGGCUAGGCAAGCUAGGUAACGUAGUACUAGGCUAA